AUGAGAGGAUUGCAGUGUGUGGCUCUCGGAGACAUGAACGUGUGUUACAUUCUGGACGGGAUUCUCAUCCUUUAUGGCAUCAUCCUCACCGUCCUGUACUGCAGAAUGAGGUGGACUCCUGCUGAUCCCCCUGCGAAGAAGAAGCCCGUGGAGGGAGGCAUUUAUGAGGGUUUGACCUCUCAGAGCACCGACACCUACGAGACCAUCAGAAUGGAUAAGAAGCCGAUGGUCUGACGGGACUCUCUUGAAGCUUUAAACUGUAUAUUCUCCUGCCUUUUCUUUUUGUAAAAAAUACUACUCUUAUUUCCAAGCUGCGCCUGUGUGUAAUGGUAAAACUAACUUAAUUUAACAAUGCACUAAUAAAGGCUUUAUGUGUUUUCACUGCGUUUCACAGCUGUGUCACCCGAGUUACUCAGAAAACAGAAGUUAAGGUUAUUUCUAAUCAUCUUCCCUUUUUUUCAAGGAAUGACGGAGAACUUGUAAAACCCACAACGUAUUUUAACUCAGAAAAAGGAGUGAAACUUGUUCUAUAACGCAAUCAUUAACACAUAAUCUGUUUAUUAUUCUGUGAUACAUGUUAGAUUAGAUUCUCAGUGGAACAUUUGUCUUUGGUUUAUCAAAUUCAUAUUUCUAAAAAGCCCAAAGUGAAGAUUUCAAAUGUCUGUCUUUGUCUGAACAACAGUCCAAAGGUCCAAAGGAUAUUCAGAUAUACGAUGUGUAAAACCAGCAGAUUCUUAAAACUAUGAAGGUGCUUGUUUUUUUUGUUACAUUUUCUAUCAAUCAUCUAAUUGAUUAAUCGACUUAACUCUAAUAAUAAGCUAGAAAGUCCAAAUCAUGAAUUGGUUUAAUAGGAUUUAACUUGGACUUGGAAAAAUACUCAUUCAUUUCAUUUAUCUGAUUUAACUUUGCAUGCGUUUUUGAAGCUUUUAAUCAAAUCCCCGUAUUUGAAACACAACUUUCAUGUUUUAACAAGUUUUAAUUUCAAUUCCAAUUUUGUCUUCUGACUUUUAAAUACAAACAAAUCUCAAAAUGUUUUGUCUUAUGUAAUAGAUUCAUGUGAUCCGCUUUAUGUCUAUACUCAAAAACAAUAACACUGUAUCCUUACAUGUCAGUUUUGCAAAUCCUUGUCAAAUCAACUAGAUUUGGGUGAAAUUAAAAACACUUAAAAUUAGUUUAAUCUUCAAUUCAAUUCAAAUAGCUUUAUUGGCAUGACCAUAAUUACAUACAGUAUCGCCAUUUAUGAUGUACUUUUAAGUUAAUAAACAUUUUUGAACAAAAACAAGAUCAACUUUUUGAACAUAAUCUAGAAAUGAACCACAAUUACCGGAGAAUCCAGAAAGUAAGUCUAACAUUUACAUUUCUUAAAAUGUACAACAGAAGAUGGCCAUCACACACGUUCACUGAAAGCCUGUAUCCAUGUGCCUGAGUGACAUUCUCCCACGUAUUUACAACAAAACUGGAAAGGUUUUGAAAACAGAUUGAUGACAGUUCGCUCUGCGGCUGUGAGCACUGUUUUCCCUCAGGCUCUUCACAACAACAUAACACACUGAACGUGUGAAACAAAAUACACCCAGAGCUGGGGUCACAGCUGCAUUUCAAUGAUGGUGAAAUUAGCCUAUAAAAUCAUGUUUAAUUGGCUAAUCUCACUUUUGUUGAUUCCAAGUAAACAUGUUGCAAUGAGACAAGUGUUUUCUUUCUGUAACAACACAAUAAAUGACCCUUUAUGCCUUC